AUGGCUUGCUGGGAUGACGAGGAUAAGUUUGCCCACGGUGCGAACAGCUGGGCACAGGACCCCCGUCUGACUGUGCACGAGCUCGCUAUGCUCAAGGUCAUGCAAGGCACUCAUGGUGGCAAUGGUCGCGUGCCUCCUCGAAUCCAGACUUUUGGCUCUACAUUUGAGACCGAGUAUCCGAAAUGGAGAAGCAAUUUGAAAAGCGACCCCAAGGAUGAAGGCUACAAUGAAUCUCUAGCCAAUGUCCAGGAGUACCUCACACUUCCCGAAAACCCAGAUGCCGAGCAUAUGCGCUCUAACAACUACGAAAACAAGUAUCAGGACGGUACAUGGGUGGAGUCUGACAAUCACAGCGUGUGGGGCGCGGUGGAUUGGAAAUGGAAACGAAUCCGCAAAGUCGCGCACCCAGAGCCAGGCGUUGCAUAUUCAUUUGAAGAAUGGAAGCAAGGGAAGACAGAUGGUGCCGUUGUUCCCCCGCGAUAUAGCAGAGGCCAGAAACACAAUUAUUACGACGUCAGUCUGCAGGACACGUUCCGUGAAAAAGGUCUCCAGCCUAGUUACGAUGGCGGCAGCUGGCAUAUCGAAGGAAUGUUUAACGAACACAUCGUUGGCAUCGCGAUCUACUAUUACGACGUGGAAAAUACGACUACUUCACGCAUCCGAUUUCGCCAAGAAGCCGGCCUUGACAGGAUGCAUUUGGAAUACGAUCAAGACGACCAUGAACCCCUUUCGGAGAUCUUCGGAACUGCCUCCUUGCGGGAUGAAGCCGCCGUGCAAGAGCUGGGCAGCGUUGCCACACCUUAA